GUGAACCCCUCCCCAAUCCUGUCUUCUGUGACGUCAUAUCAGCUGCAGGCCGACGCAGGGCUGGGUUUCCAUUUUUCGCAGCGAGUGAGUUUCGGGGAACAAGAAUAUGGAGCCGGAGAUGGAGGACAAAACGUUGGAACAGAUGAACUCCACUUUCAUGGACUCCCAGACAGAUGAACGAUCAAAGAAAACCACAGUGUUCAAGACGAUCACGAACGGUCUGAUGACGGGCUCAAGGAAGCGACCAUCGGAAGGGAACUAUGAGAAGGAGAAGGAAGUGUGCAUACAGCUGUUUGACCAGUGGUCUGAGGCUGACCAGGUGGAGUUUGUGGAACACCUGAUCUCACGCAUGUGCCACUACCAACACGGCCACAUCAACUCCUACCUCAAACCCAUGCUCCAAAGGGACUUCAUCACUGCACUGCCAGCGCAGGGUCUGGACCACAUAGCGGAGAACAUCCUGUCGUUCUUGGAUGCGCGUUCUCUCUGCUCGGCAGAGCUGGUGUGUAAGGAGUGGCAGAGGGUCAUCUCAGAGGGCAUGCUGUGGAAGAAACUCAUAGAGCGUAUGGUCCGUACAGACCCUCUCUGGAAAGGCUUGUCAGAGAGGCACCAGUGGGAGAAGUACCUGUUUAAAAAUCGAACCACAGAAGUCCCACCAAACUCCUACUACCGCUCCCUUUACCCCAAAAUCAUCCAGGACAUAGAGACGAUCGAGGCUAACUGGAGGUGUGGUCGGCACAAUCUGCAGCGGAUCCAAUGUCGUUCAGAGAACAGUAAGGGGGUUUACUGUCUGCAGUAUGAUGACGACAAGAUCAUCAGCGGCCUCCGAGACAACUCCAUUAAGAUCUGGGAUAAGCAGUCUCUGGAGUGUCUGAAGAUCCUGACGGGUCAUACAGGCUCAGUGUUGUGUCUGCAGUAUGAUGAGCGGGUCAUCGUCACCGGCUCCUCAGACUCCACCGUCAGGGUGUGGGAUGUGAACACUGGGGAGGUGCUGAACACUCUGAUCCACCACAAUGAGGCGGUCCUCCACUUGCGGUUCUGUAACGGUCUGAUGGUGACGUGCUCUAAGGACCGUUCCAUUGCCGUGUGGGACAUGGCCUCACCCACCGACAUCAGUCUGCGCCGCGUGCUGGUCGGCCACAGAGCAGCGGUCAAUGUGGUGGACUUCGAUGACAAGUACAUCGUGUCAGCAUCCGGUGACCGUACCAUCAAGGUGUGGAGCACCAGCACGUGUGAGUUUGUUCGCACACUGAACGGCCAUAAGAGAGGCAUUGCCUGUCUGCAGUACAGAGACCGACUAGUGGUCAGUGGCUCAUCUGACAACACUAUCCGGUUGUGGGAUAUUGAGUGUGGGGCAUGUUUGCGCGUAUUGGAAGGCCAUGAAGAGUUGGUCCGCUGCAUUCGGUUCGACAACAAAAGGAUCGUUAGUGGAGCCUACGAUGGUAAAAUCAAAGUAUGGGACCUGCAAGCUGCUCUGGACCCUCGUGCCCCUGCCAGCACCCUCUGUCUGCGCACACUGGUGGAGCAUUCUGGGCGUGUAUUCCGACUACAGUUUGAUGAGUUCCAGAUCAUCAGCAGUUCCCAUGACGACACCAUCCUCAUCUGGGAUUUCCUGAACGUGUCGACCAAUGGACAGACUGAGGGCCGGUCGCCCUCUCGCACGUACACAUACAUCUCCAGAUAGCAGGGCAGGCCCGGUGGUGUGUGUGUCUGUGUCCGAGGACAGUCCUGAUUUGCCAAGUCAAUGUGUCAGAGGUCAAGGAAAGGACCCACCCUCCCUUCCCUCCAUCAUCCUCUUUGCACCAUCUCUGUUGUCCUCCUGGUGUUCAUGUGGAGGGGUCAUCCCUCCCCGAUCGGCCAUUCAGUGCUCAAACGCACUUCCCCUUACCCCUCUGAAAAUCACACAAACACACAUACUCUCACACACAGAGCGGAGUCUAUUAGGUCACACUCUAAGCCCCACCUCCCCUUACUCUGCUCCCUUAAGACAGAGGCCUGGACAUGAAGGAAUCUGAACUGAAUGGCUGAAGGAGGGGGCUGGAGAUGGCCUGUUAAAGAUGCCCUGGGGUGGAAAAAAGAGGCGGGUCCCGGGGCUCAACUCUUCUCAUCCUGACUGAGUGACAGAUACCUCAGGCCUGCCCCUUGGACCCAAGGACUGUAUCAAUAUUGUUCCUUUCUCAUUUUGUUUGGUGGAAGAAAGAAAAAAGACUGGAAGAGAGAAAGCUGACGUGUACAUUACUUUACUGCAUGGAUGAAUGAUGGGACAACCGUGUGCUAGUGACCUAUUUGUUUUUCUAACUUUUACUUUUUAUUUGGGACUUUUAAUUUAGCUUUCUUUGUUACAUUGUACUAAGAAUUGUAGUUUCUCUUUCCAAACCCCUCUCAAAUUAACCCUCUCAUAUCCCUAGUUCUCUACCUUGCGUCCCUCUUUCACUUUCUCUCCCUGUCUUGUUCUGUCCUCUUGCUGUCUGCCUGUCUAGGUUCUGAAUGAUCCCUAACUGAGCGGAAAUUAGUUGUAAACAGCAUUGUCUCGUCUAAAAUGGUGUUGUAUAUUGAAAUGAUUUUUUUAAUGAAAGAAAAACCAUUAAUACAAAUAAAGUACUUGACUGUGAAGGAGUGUAAA